CAAGAGAGGAUAAAGGGGACAGAGAAGGCAUCCCCCAUACACACCCUAUUCCAUAGGUAAUUCGUCUCGAGUUAUUUUUAAGACCACAGGUCCCAAGGGGGAUUAGACAACAGCCAAUCACAUAGCGCGAAUGUGUUCCGCGUGGAUGACCCACGCUCAGAGCCACGCAUCCUUCACGAAUUGACGCAGAACAAAAUGGCGGAAAACGCGGAGAGCGAUAUUGCUAUUCGUUUUGUCGACGAAAACGACUACAGAGAGAUUUCUGCU